GCAUUGCUCUCCUUUAGAAAGACAGAGAGAGAAACAAAGAGACACCCGGAGGCCGUAGUGGAAACUCUGCUGGUUUCUGUUACUGAGAAAGGAAGGGAGACGAAUGGAGUCUCCAUUCAAGGCUGAUAUAGUGAAAGGGAAAGUAGCUUUGAUUACUGGAGGAGGAUCAGGAAUUGGGUUUGAGAUUACUAAAGAAUUUGGUAGACAUGGAGCUUCUGUUGCUAUCAUGGGCAGACGCAAAUCUGUUCUUGAUUCUGCUGUCUCCUCUCUUCGCUCUCUCGGUAUCCAGGCAAUUGGAUUAGAGGGAGAUGUGCGGAAGAAAGAAGACGCGGCUAGAGUUGUCGAUUCAACAUUUGAGCAUUUUGGGAGGAUAGACAUUCUUGUUAAUGCUGCUGCUGGAAAUUUUCUUGUGACUGCUGAGGAUUUGUCCCCAAAUGGAUUUAAAACAGUUAUGGAUAUUGAUUCAGUUGGCACAUUUACAAUGUGCCACACAGCGUUGAAGUAUAUAAAGAAAGGGGGUCUUGGGAGGGGUAUGUCUGGUGGUGGAACCAUAAUGAACAUAAGCGCUACGCUACAUUAUACAGCAGCUUGGUAUCAAAUCCAUGUAUCUGCCGCUAAGGCAGCUGUUGAUGCCAUUACAAGGUCGUUGGCGUUAGAGUGGGGUACGGAUUAUGAUAUAAGAGUCAACGGGAUUGCACCAGGACCAAUUGGUGACACUCCUGGCUUGAGUAAGCUUGCUCCCGAUGAAAUGAAAAUCAACCAUUCUGAAGACGCCAGGCCUCUGUAUAAAGCAGGAGAGAAAUGGGAUAUUGCUAUGGCUGCUCUCUACCUAGCUUCAGAUGCAGCCAAGUACAUCAACGGUAUGACACUUGUGGUCGAUGGAGGAAACUGGUUGAGCCGGCCCCGCCACAUUUCAAAAGAGGCAGUGAAGGAAUUGUCUCGGGUUGUGGAAAAGAGAUCCAGAUCAGGUGCACCAGCACCUGCCAGGGGAGUUCCAAGCCGCAGUAAAAUGUAGUAGUAAGUACCUCCCUAGGUGAAAUGUAGUGGUAAGUGACGGCAAAACCUGAUGAUUGCAAGCACCUCCUCAAGACCUACUUACGCCCGCCCUGAGUCCCUGCAGUUACAGUAAGUUGAACUGCAACUUCAAUCUUAAUGUAUUUAAGUUACAUUGAAAUAUUGUGUGUAGUGAAAAAUAGAAAGGAGACGAGGACCUUGUCCCCAUAGAUGUAUCUUUUAAUCUUAUAUCCUUGAGCAAAGCUCGGAUAUCUGUUACAAAGAUUGCUGUUACCCUCACUCAUUUCUUUUGGAAUAAAAAUAUUUAUUGUGCUCUUCA